AUGGCGGCGGCGGCCGCAGGCCCGUUCAGCCUCAGGGAGGUCCUGGACGCCUUCCGCAGGUGCGUGACGGAGCAGCGGGAGGUGCUGCUGGAGCCCUACCUGAGCGGCUGGCGGGGGCUCAUCCGCUUCCUGCAGAGCCUGGGCGCCGUCUUCUCGUUCAUCUCCAAGGACGCCGUGGCCAAGGUGGCUCUGCUGGAAGGUCACCAGCAGCAGCACGGCUUCGUGUCGCUGCAGUCGCUGGUGCAGCACGAGCUGGCGGCGGGGCCGGCGGCGCUGCGGGCCCGCUCCGAUUCCGGCUGCCGCACGGUGCUGCGGCUGCACCGCGCCCUGCGCUGGCUGCAGCUGUUCCUGGAGGGGCUGCGCUCGGGGGAGCCGCGCACCUCCGUGCUCUGCACCGACGCCUACAACGCCUCGCUGGCGCAGCACCACCCCUGGGUUGUCCGCAAGGCGGCCACCGUGGCUUUCUGCGCGCUGCCCUCCCGGGAUGCCUUCCUGGAGAUCAUGAACGUGGGCUCGCAAGAGGAGGCCGUGGCCAUGCUGGGAGAGGCCAUCCCCUACAUCGGAGAUGUCUACAGCAUCACCCAGGAGCUCUUCACUCAGCACAAGCUGCUCGACCUGCCCUGAUGGCUGAAAAUGACAUUUUUGCACAAGCAACACAUUCUGUCCGUGGUUAUUUCCACUUUUUCUUUCCAGCCCGGAGGUGGAAAGUUAGCCAAACUAUCCCCCUUUAUAAACGUGGACCAUUAAUUUUUUCAUAUUUCUCAGUUCUUAUCUUACAUCUCUAAAGUUAGAAAAAAAUUCCACAUUAGGAUGAGCUGCUAAGGGAUUGAUUUUUUUAAUUCCCACCUUACAGCAUCACCCAGGAGCUCUUCACUCAGCACAAGCUGCUCGACCUGCCCCGAUGGCUGAAAAUGACAUUUUUGCAUAAGCAACACACUCCGUCCGUGGUUAUUUCCAUUUUUUCAUUCCAGCCUGGAGCUGAGGAUUUGACAAAAUUAUUCCAUAUUAUAAACAUGGACCGGUUAUUUUUUUACAUCUCUCAGUUCUGUUCUUAUAUGUCUAAAGUUAGAAAACAAUUCCACAUUAGGUUGAGCUGCUAAGGGAUUGAUUUUUUUUCUAUUCCUAGCAUACAGCAUCACCCAGGAGCUAUUUGUGUAUCUGCCCUGACGGCGGUGCUGGGGUGAAAAUGACAUUUUUGCACAAGCAAGACAUUCUGUCCGUGGUUAUUUCCACUUUUUCUUUCCAGCCUGGAGCUGAGGAGUUGGCAAAAUGAUUCCGUAUUAUAAACAUGGACCGGUUAUUUUUUUACAUCUGUCAGUUCUAUUCUUACAUCUCUAAAGUUAGAAAAAAAUUCCACAUUAGGUUGAGCUGCUAAGGGAUUGAUUUUUUUUAUAUUCCCACCUUACAGCAUCACCCAGGAGCUCUUUGCUCAGCACAAGCUGCUCGACCUGCCCCUGAUGGCUGAAAAUGACAUUUUUGCACAUUUAUUAUUUGGUUAUUUCCACUUUUUCUUUCCAGCCUGGAGCUGAGGAGUUGGCCAAGUUAUUCCAUUUUAUAAACAUGGAAUAGGUUUUUUUUACACCUUUUUUUUUACAUCUCUACAAUUAGAAAAAAAAUCCACAUUAGGAGGAGCUGUGCAGAGUUAGAAAAAUAAUUCCACAUUAGGAUGAGCUGCUAAGGGAUUGAAGUUUUGAAUUUUUUUAUUCCUAGCAAAGCUGGAAACGGUUUUUCUUUUCAAGCCCAAGUGCAGCAGCUUGUGUGCAUUCACAGCAAUAUUUGUGGCCUUGUGUGGCAGCACAAAUUGGAGCUGUGGUGUCUGAGCUCAUUCCCACGCUUUGGUUUGCACAAAAAUCCCCCCUGAGGAUUUCAUGCUGAGCAGUGCCCUGGGGAAAUGCCCUUUCCCUGCCACUGUGGGAGCUGAAGGAAAUGGGGGUGGAAGGGGGAGAAAAUUGUUCCACCCAGCAGCACCUUCCCUGUGCCCCUUCCCUGUUCGAUCCGUGAUUUUUGCACUUGGGAUGUGCAGCAAAUUUUAAUUUCUGCUGCACAAUCCCCUCUGUCCAGCCCAGCCUGGAGCUGUUUGCUUCUGAGUUGUGUUCUUGUGUGUUUACUUUUAAUUUUUAUCAAUGUGUUCAAUGCCUACAAAAAGGAUUUUUCUGCCUCUCUGGGGUGGGAAAUCCACACUUGUACUGUAAAUCACUGCUUUGGGAGCUUCUGCCAAACCCCUGGAGGAGGCAGAGGUGUCAGGUGGGAUUUUCUGAGCUUUAGGAGCUGGAGAAAUCCUGCAGGGUUAUUGCAGGGAUCAAUCCUGCAGCUGAUUGUCUCUUUCUGCCCUAAUAUACCACUGAAAAAUUCAGGAAAUCACAAUUACCUCAUGGAGACUGCACUCACUGCACAUUAAAUGAUGUGAAUAAUGUGAUUUUUGAGGAGUGUCCUUUGUGGGAUCACACUCUGGGGGUCCAACACCAUUUACAGAAAACAUACUCAGAUUUUAUUUCCCUGGAAAAAUCUGUUUCAUUUCCCUGGAGAUCAGGCCAGCUGAUAUUUCACCAGUGUAGUGAAUUAAAUACCUUCAACUAAAUCAAAUAAUGUGUGUCAAGGGAAAAAAAAAAUGGGUUUAAAUCUCUAGAAAUGAUGGUAUGACCACAAGAAAAUUUUUUUCUCCCUUGUCACACUAAUUGUAAUUAUUCCUCUUAAGAGAUAAAUAUUAAUAUUUAUAAUUACCAUUGCUAAUAUUGAAGAUGAACUUGCCCAAAAUCCAGAAUUGUGUUUAGAACUUAUUUUUUAAAGUUUUAUAGUUAAACUGACACUUAAAUAGUCCAGGAAAGGGAAAGGAUGCUUAAAAAAAUGUCAGUAUGAACAUACCUGGAAAACACAGCUGCAGCUGGUGCAUUCUUGUAUUCAGGUGUCUAAAUCUGCUUUUCUUCCUGCAGGGAAAAUAUUCCAGCCUUGGAGCAGCACUGGCAGCAAAAGGAAUUUUCUGAUACAGAAAAUGCAGGAAAUUGAACUUUUCAUUCAGAGCUGUCCUAAAAUCCAACAAUAAAAUACAGUAAUAAAACCUAAAUUACCAUGCUAUCAACUCAGAUUUAAGUUUUUAAACUGAAAUUAAUAUUGUAGUUCAGUGUGAGGGAAAGAAAAAUAGAUCAGCCAGUAACAACUUCCUAAAAAAAUAUCAGUACAGCUGAGGGACAGCCAGGCUGUGACCCAGGAAUGGCCUCUCCAGGUUAUUGGUUAUUUCCAUGAUGAAGUGUAUUUAAAAUUUAAAUAAUUAAAAUAUAAUUUAAAUUUUUAAAAUGGAAUGUAAUAAAUAAAUAAAUAAAA